CUCAGCUCUUCUACCUUGCCAUGGACAGGUUCAGUGGCAGCAACACCCGGUUGAGGCCACCACUCCCACCUGCCAGAUGUGUAGAUACCCCAGUUUGGAGAGAAAAUGUAGCCAGCCCAUCUUUCCUGCCUGGCCCAGAGACUUGGAGACACAGGCAUCCAUUCUUGAAGGCCCAGGAGGACGUAGAAGAGGAGGAUAAAUAUGAGCUGCCCCCCUGUGAAGUUCUGCCCCUCAGUCUGGCCCCUGCACAGUCUCUGGGCUCGAAAGAGGACUCCUUAUACCUAGAUUGUUCUGGGCCCCUGGAUCCAGCCAAGCCAUCACCACCUGUGCGUCAGCCUACCGUGGCCAGAGGACUCCCUGUAAAUCCUUUCUUCCCUACCCACCCUACCGCAGGCUACCAUUUCCCACUGAAGACAGCAACGAGCCUGCAACCUGCAGCCCCAAAGCAGGGACCUGUUUUUGGAAGGCGAGGGCGAGCUGCGCCUGCUCGAGCGGUAACAGACCGCGCGGAGAAACCUGAUGAGGACAUCUACCUGGAGUGUGAGCCAGAUCCACUCCCAGCCUUGACUAGGACUCUGAGCUCCAAAGCCCUGAUGCCUCCAGUUCCUCUGCCAAGAACAUCUGGAUUGUCCAAGUCCAUGGUCGGUCACCAGGAGGCUCCGAAUGGAGCGGUGGAUGCCACACUGAAAGGGUCUGCACUAAAUCGCGAAGCUGCCAGUGUGUGUCCCAAGACCAGUUCUCAUUUGGAAAUCAAGCAAGGCCUGUCUGCAGGAAGGCGCCUGUCUGCUGCCUCUGUAGCCCCUGCCCUGAGCACCUCUGCUGCUGAGGAUGGCAGUCUGCUGGGUCAGCCUUGGUAUUCAGGGAACUGUGACCGGCAAUCUGUUGAGAGAGCCCUGCUUCACUUUCAAAAGGAUGGAGCCUACACCGUGCGCCUCAGCUCUGGGCCUCACAGUUCCCAGCCCUUCACUCUGGCAGUGCUCCUCAGAGGCCGAGUCUUCAACAUUCCCAUUCGGCAACUGGAUGGCGGGCACCACUAUGCCCUGGGCCGGGAGGGCAGGAAUCAUGAGGAGCACUUGGGAAGCAGAAUCAGGAAGAUCUCUGUGAGUUUGAGGCCAGCCUGGUCUACAGACUCUUCUCCUCUGUGGCCGCCAUGGUCCAGCACUACAGGAAGCACGCACUGCCCCUGGUGGACCGACACAGCGGCAGCCGGGGAUCCACCUGCCUGCUCUUCCCCACCAAGCCCUGAAGAACCGCGGCACACAAGUCCCCCUUUGGCAGACGGGGUGCCCCUUCAGUCCUCCCCACGCCCACUCUAGGCUGCUUUAUUUCCCCUGCCCACCCUCCACCCUAAAGUCCCUGCAGGUUCAAAAUGAGCGGCGUUGAGACAGGCUGCCUGGGGAGGUUGGCUUCCUCAAGAGACGUUGCCUCUCCUUAGGCAGACUGUGGAAUCGGCGCACUGACUUCUCCUGGGGAGUAGGCACCCAGUACAUGGUUUCCAGCACACAGUAUACUUUCAAUA